CGUCACCGACCAAAACAUCCUCAGUCCCCUCCUAUAACACGGCGGCAUAAUGCAUUAAAACAACUCCAGACGAAGACGAAGAAGUAUAUCAAAUGCAGCUAAAGUUUGUUUCUGCCAUUCUUCGUGGGUGCCUAAAACAGAAUUAUGGAGACCGCUCAGGUGACUUUGAUUGUCAGAGGAGAAACAUCUCCAGGUGAGGUGCUUGCAGUUGUUGGGAGUUGCGAAGCCCUGGGAAACUGGAGCCAUCAAAAAGCUGUGACUUUACAUCCCAUGGGUGAUGAUGGAAGUACCUGGACUGCAACAAUAACCGUGCCGAGGGGAGUUUGUACGAUGUACCGCUACUUUAAGGGUUUCUUCUUGGAGUCAAAAAGUGCAGGUGGUCCCUGUCAAGUGAUAGUCAAUAUGUGGGAGACCCAUCUCCACCCCCGCACGAUGAGCCCCACAGCAUCUCACCUGAAUAUCGAUGAUGGACAGUUUGGAACACACAAUUGUGUGAAUUCUGUUGACUCUGGGUGGCUGACGUGCCAGACGGAGAUUCGCCUGCGUCUGCACUAUUCAAAGAUGCCUCCAGUGUCCAUCACUAAGAGGAAAUUCAAGAAGUCUCGCUUCAGGAUCAAGCUGACAUUAGAAGGCAUUGAGGAGGAGGGAGAUGAGGAUGAAGAUGAGCUGAGUCCUUCAUCGUGGCACAAGAUGACCACCACACUGGAGAUCAGUAUGAUCAGUCCUGAUGGCUAUAAGUCACGCCACUCACAGCCCGAAUGUGGGUACGCCCUGGAGCCCUCGCAGUGGACCGAGUACAGCAUCCACACAAUGGAUCCAGACAACCUAGAGCUCACCUUUGAGUUCUUUGAGGAGGAUAUGGGUGAGCAUGUGGUCCAGGGGGAUAUUCAUCCGGGACAUGUGGGUACAGCUUGCCUCCUUUCAUCCACUUUUUUGGAAAGUGGAAAGGACAAUGGAGUUGUCACACUUCCCAUAAUGGGACGAAAUUCCAGACCGGCCAUAGGCAAAGUCAGAGUGGAUUAUCUGGUGAUCCGCCCUAUCCAUGGUCUGCAAUGUGACAUGAGCUCCUCUUUCACCAAGUACUGGAAGAAAAGAAGUGCUCUGGAUGUGGGCCAUAGAGGAGCUGGGAGCACACAUGCAGCCAAGCACCACAGAAUCAGAGAGAACACAAUAGCCUCAUUCAAAAGUGCUGCCAAGCAUGGUGCUCCUUUUGUCGAGUUUGACGUUCACCUCUCCAAGGAUGCUGUUCCCAUUGUGUACCAUGAUCUGACUUGCUGCAUUUCUACUAAAAAGAAAAACGACAAAACUCUGGAGUUAAUCGAGGUGCCAGUCAAAGACCUGACAUUUGAUCAGCUGCAGCUUUUGAAGCUGGCUCAUGUCACUGAAAUGAAAGAAAAUGAUGAAAAAGAUUUACUGGAUGACGAUGAUGAAAUCGAUGAACAUCAGCCAUUCCCUUCACUCUCGCAGAUUUUCCAAGCUAUUCCUGAGUAUGUGGGGUUCAACAUUGAGCUGAAAUGGAUCAGUCAAAUGAAGGACGGGUCAUGGGACGGCAACCUGUCAUCUUACUUCAACAUGAACUCUUUCCUCGACAUCAUCCUGUCUUGUGUUCUGCAAAACGGCGGAAAAAGACGGAUUGUCUUUUCCUGCUUUGACCCAGAUAUCUGCACCAUGGUGCGUCACAAGCAGAACAAGUACCCGAUCCUCUUCCUGACUCAGGGAAUCUCUGAAAAAUAUCCAGAGCUGAUGGAUAUCCGCUGCCAGACCACAAAGAUUGCUGUGAGCUUUGCCCAGAGUGAGAAUAUUCUGGGAAUUAGUGCACACACUGAAGAACUGCUGAAGCACCUUAACUACAUCGGGGAGGCCCAGUCUAAAGGCCUGGUGGUGUUCAGCUGGGGCGAUGACAACAACGACCAUGAAAACAGAAGGAAACUGAGAGAACAGGGAAUCGAUGGGCUCAUCUAUGACAGAAUCUGUGAGGAUCAAGGAGAGCAGCCAAACAUCUUCCAAGUAGAGGAGCAACACUCCCUGCAGGAGGUUAUUACAGAGGAGACACUGAAGAGCUCCACCUGUUCGUGUUACUCCAUCCCCUGCUCUUUGGCCGUCUGCAGUGCCUCCAAGGGCCGUGCUGGAAGCGCCGAGUCUGACUCAGGUCUCAGCUCCUCAUGAAUCUCUGAAGCUUUACCUUUUAAAUGGACUUCAAUGCACACGGACACUCAAGAGGACCACGGUUGGAAUCAAAUCAAAUCACGUACUUCAAAAAUCAGUGUAAAACUUUGACGUGUAUGAUGUACACUCCACACUUCUUCACAGAUAUUUACCGUCGUACUUCCUUCACAUAAAUGUAAGCCAAAACCUCAUUACAGCAGCCAUGCGUGAUGUCUGUUUUUUUUUUUUUUUCCUUGGGCCAAUUUACAGAUCAGGGUAGUCUCUUCAAUGGCCCACAUGAUUAUGGAACAUUGUCAGGCUGGGAUCUGCUUUUUUGGUUAUUUAUUUAGCCAAUGUGCUACAGGUGUUCAUUGUCAAAGUGCUAAAAAUGUAAUGCAUAUGUACUUCAGGUGCAAACCGUUCACAGGAUUACAAUUUUAUGUCAUGAAAUCAGUUGAAACUGUUUUUUUUUUUUUUUUUUUGUGCGUUUAGCCAUCAUGUUAGCCAAUAAAUGUUUCAUGUAGAAGCAAGUAAUAGUUCUAGUAGUAGUACCAAGGGUAGUACUGAAUCACACCAAAACACAUCCUUCACAUGUAUUCAUAGGAAGAUAUGCAUUGGAUGACGAUGCAGGUUGCCAUGAAUGAAUUGGUAUUAAUUAUAGUAAUUACAGAAGCCUACAUUGAAUAAGGCUCUUAAUGAUACAUCUCUUCCUGGAUUAAUAAUGGAAAAUAUUCAGUACCUUUCGAGUCCUACUUUCCUCCAAAGUAGGAUCCCUGGCUAUCACAUGCUAUAACGUUAUACUGCAUUCUUCAUGUACUGUCGCUUCUCAUUAUCUACCUUUAAAUAAAAUGCUGACGAAUGUUUUAUUGAUAUUUUGUAGUGCACAUACCACAGCCUUAAAGAGGGAUGAUAUGUCUGUACUGGGUUUUUUUCUGUCUGUUAUUUAUUACCUCAGUCAUCACUUAUUACAUCAGACUUAAAGUUCUGUUUACAGGCUAGAGUGCACAAACACUUUUCUCAUCACACUGUUGUUUUAUUGCAUGACAGGAAAUACAUUCGUGGAAGUUACACUUGAAAUAAUCCAUCAUUUUAGUAUAAAAAUGAAUAAAUGUAUAUUGCAAUCAAUAGAAAAACAAGCUCAUGUAUAUUGUGCUGCUUAUGUCAUAGCUUCAUUACACAAUCUCUGCUGCAAAGAUACAGAAUCUAAUGAUUGAGUGUUGCAUGCUCUGUAUAUCUGUACAAAUAACCCUGGGGAAUGAAUGAAUCCGCUGUGUAAUAUUAAUUGCCAUUUCAGGACAGCAGAGUGUAAAUGAUGAUGUAAAUAAAAUGGAAAAGUAUUUGCUUA